CAGACUUUAAUUGCAAGGCUCAAUGAAGAGUAGUUCCUUGAUUCCAUUUCAUUUGUUCUUGUGCUCAGCCUUCCUCAUUACCGUAUUCUGUUCAGUGCUCUGUCCUGUUCCCUGAUGAACACGGAACCUGAAAACCCUUUUCCCACAUUUCUUUUUCCACCCCCAACAUAAACAUUCACAUUCAAAAGUAGCCUUGAAGGAGAAAAGAAGUCAGAAGCUCAAAAAGUACAGAAAUGAGAUGGACGGGGACAUGACGUAGCAUCCUGCUUAUCUAUGAAAUGCAGUUAACACAUCAGCUGGACCUAUUUCCUGAAUACAGGGUGACCCUUCUGUUAUUUAAAGAUGUAAAAAAUGCUGCGGGCUUGAGAAAAAAGGCCAUGGAAGGUGCCAUUGAUGGCUCAUUAAUAAAUCCUACAGUGAUUGCUGAUCCAUUUCAGGUAAUUGUGGCUGCAAACAAAGCAGUUCACCUCUACAAACUGGGGAAAAUGAAGACAAGAACUCUAUCUACUGAAGUUAUUUUCAAUCUUUCCCCAAAUAACAAUAUUUCAGAGGCCUUGAAAAAAUUUGGUAUCUCAGCAAAUGAUACUUCAAUUCUGAUUGCUUAUAUUGAAGAGGGUGAAAAACAAAUAAAUCAAGAAUACCUAAUAUCUCAGGCAGAAGGUCAUCAGGUUCCUCUGAAAAAUCUCCCUGAAAUAACAAAUAUUACAGAAGUCAAAAAGGUAUAUAAACUAUCUUCACAAGAAGAAAGUAUUGGAACAUUAUUGGAUGGUAUCAUUUGUAGAAUGUCAACAAAAGAUGUUUUGUGAAAUGACAGAAAUAUUAAA